UCAUAUGAACACACAACUUCAUUCACAGCUGUUCUGGUCUAAUCUGUGCUUCCCAACUCCACAGUGAAGAUGGCAUCGGGAGGAAUAUUUGGCACUCUUGGGAAAAGCAGGGCUCAGAGGUUUUAUCUGAAAGGCUCCCUGUUUUUUCUAUUACUGCACAUGUUUAUUGGCACAUCUGCUUCAGAGUCAACAAGUCCGAUGGCGAGCGAUGCCAGUGUCUCCGCAGCUCCCGGCAUGACGACACCUGCGGCCAUAUCAAACUCUGAAAACACGGUGUCCUACAUGACACCUGCGGCCAUAUCAAACUCUGAAAACACGGUGUCCUACAUGACAUCUGCACCAUCUGAUAACACGUCUCAUAUCACCAAUAACAUGACUCUGUCUGAUAAUGUGACCACAGAUUGGACGAACACAUCAUCAUCAGGAAACAGCACUACGUUAUCCUGUCCAGCGUUCACUUGCACCACAGACUGUUCCGCCAAGUUCAUGAAUGAGUCAGCGACUACGUGCCCAUCCGCCAGUGCCUACUGUGAGCUCAUCAAGCAGGCCAUGAGUUACUCUAUCAAGUGCAGCGUCUCGUGUGGGAUGUCCUGCGGGAAUGGCACUGUCACUAAUUGCUCUCUGGCCUGUUGCAACACAAGCAGCUGCCUCAAUGCCUCUCUGUUAGCCCUCUCCGGUUCCCUCAGCACGACAGCCCCGACAACACCCAGUACCACGGCCACAACCGUAAAGGUGACGGUCCCUCCCACCCCAGCAAAUAACGGCAAGAAGUGUCUUAGCAUCAAGUGUGACGGGGCAGCGUGUUACAAAAACACCAAUUCCUUUGCCCUCGUGUUCUGUCCUAUUGGUCAGGAGUACUGCAUGCUGAACAAGGUAACGGUCAACUCGUUAGAGUCUUGGCAGGGGGGCUGCAGUGUGGAUUGCAGAAAGGCCCAAGUUUGCUCGAGCGGACUCGCCACCUGCCACCUGGAGUGUUGCAAUGCGACCGCUGCGGCUUCGUGUCUCAAACUGACGGGUGAGCUGAACAUGCCCAGCUCUGCCACCAGAGGUCCUCAGUCUCCUGCACUGCUCACUGCCUCCUUACUGCUCCUCUGGAUGAUGAAAAUCCUCACCUGAGGGAAAAAACACUCACAUGCACUUAGCGAUUCAGGGAAGGCACAUUUUCAUAUUAGAAUCUGUGUGCGUGCGUGCGUGCGUGCGUGCGUGCGUGCGUGCGUGCGUGCGUGCGUGUGUGUGUGUGUGUGUGCGUAGAUGUGAGAGAGACGUGUGCGUGUGUGUGUGCGUGAAAUAAGCUGUACCACAUGCAUCUUUAGAGGGUUAUAUCAAGCGGGAACAUGGCUGUUGUUGGACGGAAAUGAUCACCAAAGGAAUAUAUUAACACUGCAGCAACAAAUAUGAGAUCUAUCUAUCACAUACAUCACAGGUGCCUACUGGGUUUGCUUGGUGUCUUUUGGCAUUCAUGUGUCCGACGAAUAUAGUCAAUCAACAAGUUACCUGAAGCCUUUAUGUUUUGCUCUGUUUUGUUUCAUGUUGCUGUACACAGGAAAAAAAGAAUGCAAAGAUAAUCCUGAUUAAUGAUAAAACCCCACAUUUUGAUCAUAGUUGACAGCAAUAACAAAUUGGACAUUCAGUCAGGAAACUUCACUCUGUGUCCAGUGCACUCAAUACUAUAUGUACACUCUUAAAGGGGAUGUGUUGAUUAUUAACACAUUGUUUGUGUUACACUAUUUAAAGGGAUACUUCUUCACCCUCAUGUUGUUUCAAACCUAUACAAAUGUAUUUGUUCUGCUUAAUACAAAGGAAGCUAUUUGGAAGAAUGUCAGUAACCAAACAGAUCUCAACUGCAAUUGAGGGGAAAAUAAAUACUAUGGGAGUCAUGGGGGAUGAGAUUGUUUGAUUACUGACAUUCUUCCAAAUAUCUUCCUUUGUGUUCAGCAGAACCAAGACAUUUACACAGGUCUGGAACAAUCUGAAGAUAAGUAAAUGAUGACAGAAUUUUCAUUUUUUGGGUGAAGUGUCCCUUCAACACAUUAUGCGUCAUGUUGUGCUGAAAGUAGCCUAACGCAAAACGUGUUGUCCCACACAAAUGUUGUGUAUUUAACAUAACUGUUUUUAUAGUGUACCUUAUGUACAAAUAGGUUUAUUUCAAGCAGACGGAGUAUGCAAAGUUUGCAUUUAAAAAUACAUUAGACAAUAUUUGACAUCUGAUAUUUAUGAUCUUGAACAUAUGAAAGUCUAUGGGUUGAUCCAUGCACAUGCACAUAAAGCUUUAUUUUUGCAGAGAAACGUGUUUAUUAAUGUGUACAGAUGUAAGAGCGUAUAGUCUAUGUUAAUAUUCUUCAAUGACUGUCUGUUGUGUGAUAAUACAUAUACUGAUAUCUAUUUGCAGAAUAAUACAAGAACAUGUUGAUCAUUUUAGGAAGGUUUAUUGCUUGGAAUGGCCUUAAUCUGAAAACAAUAAAAUCUAUAGUCACGUGUGAUGACCCACAUUAAAGCAACAGAUAAGAAACUCUUUAAAGAAAUGCUUCUCAGCUCCCCCAUCAUCCUGCCUUAUCUGACUGUAUGCAUUUUCUUGUGUUCCACAUUGUGUUCUGGUAGCUAACACCUCUAAAUAAACAUCUUUUGAC